UUCCUCCCCUCAUGACCGGCGGUUCCAGGAAUCCGUUCACCAUGUCUCGGUUGCUACACACGCUGCACGACGUCGCGCACGAUGCGAGGGGGAACGCGCACGACCUCUCGAAGGUUACGCGCGAGUUUAUGGCCGACAAGGUCGUCGAUGUCGCGUACCACGACUUGACCAUACAGUUUAUCGGGGCCACGGGCCUCCCGAAGAUGGAUGUCGUGGGCUCAGCCGAUCCGUACUUUGUGGCCAAGAUCGACGACCGGAUCUCGUUUGUAUCGAGCGUCCAGGUCAACACCCUGAAUCCCGUCUGGAAUGAACAGUGGCACGUGAAAAACGUACCUCUGCACGCUCACCUCCAAGUCGAGGUCCUCGACAAGGAUAUCCGUACACCGAACGACGACUACAUUGGCAGAAUAAAGACGACGGUCAAUCCGGGAACCAAGGAGAUUGAGAUAGAGGCACCUCCGCUCAAGCUUCGAUCAAGGGGCUCCUUUUGGCUCAAGAUCGACAGUGAGCCAUCUACAGACCCUAAUCCCGCUGAGCAUCCCUAUCUCUUCGCUGGCCCCAUCCGCUACUCGCGCCACUGCUCCCCCACCGUCGGCGCGUUCACCAACAUCAAUGAUGCCCGUCUUUACUCGACAUGGAAGAUGUACCUCAUCGGUGUACCCCUAUUCUUCAACGGCCAUUACCAGCACUGGAACGAGGCCUACCCCGCUGCUCAGAAGAUCUUCAAGGGCUCGCCCCUCGUCCGUACCACUAUUCAGGCGGGCCAUAAGAUGCUCUAUGCACGAAGCAUUACCAAUGGGUUCGGUAUCAUCGAGAGUGCAGCGGACGUGAAGAAGAUCUUGCAAGGUGGCGGUUCGUCUCGUCCCAACACGGAUCGCGGUCGCCAAUUCGCUAAUCGUAUUCGCCCUGCUGUGUAUACCUACAUCAUCUCCUCGGAUGACGACUCCUUCCGGUUCAGCGAGACGGGUGCUGCAUUCUUCGUCGAUGUCGCCUCCAAGCAUGCGCUCCAUGCCAACUGCUCGGAGACGGUGCGCUACUCGGGUGAGUUCCACCCUCGCCCUAAGGGCGGAUGGCAGAACUUCCACGACGAUAUCGCGGACGACGACGUCGACUGGGAGCUCGUCAUUGACAACAACUCGGGCACGUACGCGCCGGACAAGAACUUGUUGCCGCAGCUCCGUGCGCUGCUCAAGCACAACUUCCCGUGGUUCGAGAUCUACGCUCUGGAUCGCGAUGAUCCGGAGCUGGCGAAGAGCAGGGAGGCGUGCAGGGAUUAUGCCCUCAAAUUUCGUGGCGUGGGCAGCGACGAGCUUGAACCGCAUGUCAUGGAAGGCGAGGUGUCGCUCCACCACCAGGCAUCUGCAUCGGCGACGACGUCCAAGUGCGGAUGACUAGGGACUUCCGAGUACCCUGCGACUACAGCCAGUCGCAUUGGAUACCCAUGUACAAUUGGCUAACUUAUUCCUUUGUAUCUUACUGGGCUUCUGCGGUACAGCGCUUGUAUUUACUAUGCUCCGACUGACCUUUCGUUCUGAUAUGUACCUCCCAAUUUAUGGUUGCCUCUCACUUACCUUUGACGCUAAUACGUUAUCGACAAUCCCUAUCUUCUCGCGUACAAACGAGGAAAUAGCUCCUGCUCAGGAAAA